AUGUCACUUAGUUGUCCUAGUGAAUAAUUUAACACUGAAUACUAUACUCUUCUUAAUGGGUUGGAGCAAAGUUUCUUUAAACAGGAAGCAGAUCAGAGGGACUUAAUGCAAUUAAUUUUAAGUAUAGCCCAUCUGGUUGAGUACUUUGAUCUGAAAAAGGAUCCCAUAAAGGAGUACUUUUUGGAGAAAAUGCAAUUCAUUCUUUCUAGACCUUUUACAAUUUGUAAUUUAAAAAAGAAAGAAGAGGAGACAAUACAUCUAGAAACGAGAAAGUCACAUCAUUCUCAUUUUUCUUAAAAUGUGUAAAAGUUAGAAAUGCUAUCAUAAUUGCAGAGUAACUUAGAAGAAAAUGAGGAAACUAUAAAAUUGUUAUAGGAAGUAUGUAUAUCAUAUAUAAUAAUAGGAUUAUGAACAAUAACUAAAAGAUUAAACUUUGUUAGUUUAAAUAGAUUUGAACAAUUAGAUGGGCAAAUUUAAAAAUAAGCUUCUUCAUCGAAAAAAUAAAAGUUUGUAUUCUCCUUGCAGAGCAAACGUCGAAGAGGACAAAAUAAAAAGAUAGAACAGGUUGAAUACUUACCAAAGUAGUAAUUAUUAGAAUGCCUGUUAAGAACAUAUAUAUCUUGAUGAUGCAUGUUCAUUUGCGACAUUACAAAAUUAAUGA